AUGGCCACAACAAACAACUUACAAGUUCCUGUCGUGGAGGAUGGGAUCCGAUACUGGACUGAACAGCCUGCAAGCGUGGAUGGCGUACUAGGCGGCUAUGGAACUGGUUCUCUGCCUCGUAUAGAUGCCCUUGGAUCACGUCUCUUUUUGCUUCACCUGUACCCCGAACUCUGUACCGUAUCAUCAGCAUUAAAGCCCUUGGAAGCACAGCCCGUGUCCAAUCCAAUCCGUGCAUUGGAUGUUGGAGCAGGAGUAGGACGUGUUACUUCCGAUGUUCUUCUCCAUCUUGUCGAUACCGUUUGCCUUCUAGAACCUGUAACUCCUUUCAUACAAGAAGCGCUCCAAAAUGCUCGCAAAAGUGCCGCAGCCAGUUCUUCGACACAAAUCAACGGCAGACAUGCAAUUCACUGGCCUGGUCUCGCUGAUCAGACGAAGAGUGUCACAUUUUUGCAAGGGACCUUGCAGGCUUUUGACCCAGCUCAUCCGAUUGUCAGUCAUGAUUCCUCCUCUUCGAUCGCUUUUAUCGACCGGAUUGGGAGCCCGAAUCCUGAGGACCCAAUGACUGACAUUGACUCUGGAUUCGACGUGGUCUGGUGCCAGUGGUGCCUCGGACACUUAAACGACAUCGAUUUGGUUGCUUUCCUUCGACGAAGCUAUGUCGCUCUUAGGGAUCAUGGGGUAGACGGUCACAACGGCAAGAGCUUGAUCGUAGUUAAGGAAAAUGCCUGCUCAGAUGCAGAAGACGGUGGACCGAAAACCGUUUUUGAUGAACAGGAUUCCAGCUUUACGAGAUCUGAUAUGGCCUGGAAGGCUGCAUUUCGGGAAGCGGGUCUUCGACUCGUGAAGGAACAAGUGCAAGAGGGUUUACCAGAUGGUUUGUACGUCGUAAAAAUGUGA